AUGAAUAUUCAAGGUUUAGAUUUAUUCUCUUCAGAGUUUUAUUUUAAUAUAGGACCCAAGUAUUAUAAAAGAAACACUAUUUUAGGAUUAAUCCUGUCGUUUUUAGCUGUUACUACGACACUUUCUUAUGCGAUUUACUUAUUUUAUCUCAAUUUUAGCAACUAAAUAAACCCAAAAUUUUAAUCUUAAAGCUUCAUUAAAAAUGAUAGGAUAGAAGUACCUUUCGAAAAUGAUUUAGUUGGGUUUUAAUAUUUUAAUAAUUACUCAAUGAGUAUAGAUUAAUAUUAACAAUCUUUGAAUCAGACAUAUCUUAUUUAUGUUGUUUAACUUUACUAUUAAGACCCUAAAAAUAAUAUUUACAAUGUUAUCAAUCUCGAUACAUUUUAAUGCAUUACACCUUAAUUAUAAGGUUUUAUAUGCAUUGAUUUUUCUAAAGUAAGGAAUUAUACUUUUUUGCUUGAUAAUAGUAAUAAUAAUCAAGUUUAUUCUUUUAUUUUAAUUCAUUUGUAUGGCUGCUAAGAUCAAGACUAUGUAAAAACAACUGUACCUAAUAAUUGUGCAGCCCAAGUAGAUAUUGAUAGUAUUAUAGAUGGAGAUUAAGCAUUUUUUUAGCUGAAACUCAAAACCUAGUAAUACAAUACAAAUUCAAAAAAUAUGCAAACUAAUUACAGAAGCAUAUAUAAUUAUGUAGCCUCUAAUUAAUUUGUACUUAAUUCUCUCAGCACGUAAACAUAAUAAACUAAUGUAGACACAGGUCUCCUUUUUUAGUAGACAUAAACUUACACUUCUCCUAUUUAAUAUACUCUAGCAACUUAAAGUUUUGAUAGAAAUUCUUCAUUAGCAUUAGGAUUAGGCCCAUACAGUAAAUAAAUAUUACUAAUGGAUGAAAUUGUUUAAUAAUUUCAAAUUUAAUAUCCAACAAUUACAGAAAUUUUAGCACUUAUAAAUGCUGUGGCUGGAUUGAUAGUUGUAUUUAGAAUUGUGGGUAAAUUUUACAGUUAUAAGUUAAUAAAAUAAGACUUCUUUAUGCUAAUGCUUCAAAAUCUUUAUUAAGAUAACUAUAGAAAAAUCAUAAUCGAUAAUAAUCUUAUUAAAAAGUAAGAAAAUACUUCUUAUUUGAUUACUGAAAAAACUGAAAAAGAAGAAGUGGUAGAUGAUGUCUAAGAAGAUUGUAUUAAAAAAGACAUUAUUGUGCCUGAUUUUCCAACGAAACUUAGAGAUUAUGUAGAAAAAAGCCAAUAUCUUUCUUUAAAUAAUAACAAUAAUAAUGGUAAAUUUAAUUUAAAAUUGAAUGACUAAUUGAAUGAAGAGAACGAAAAAAUAGAUAGCAAUAGAUUAAAUAUAAACUUAAAAAAGAAUUUUUAAAAUAUUGAAGAAAAUAUGCUAAAUUUAAAAAUUUAGAGUAGUUUAGGUAAUAGUGACUUGACUAACUAUGAAAUAAACUCUCCAAACGCAGAAUCGAUAAACAAAAAAUUAACUUUCUCUCAAGCUGAAAAAAAUUAGUAAAAAUAAUAAGAUGAGGAAGAUAUAAUUAAAAAAAGCUAAAUCAGCGAUAAUUACUUUGAUAGUAAAUAACAUAAUUAUAUAACUAUCUAAUUAUUAAAAUAAAAUGAAAUUAAAAAAUUUGUAUAACUGCUAACAAAUCCCUAAAAUAUAGAAUUAGUAGAAGAGUGUGAAUGUUUUCUAAAAUAGGUCAUAAUUUAAUAGAUAACCUAUUAAUAUUAAUAAUAGAGAGUCUAUCUAAUAAGAUUCAUCUUAAGCAUAAAAAAAAGAGAUAUUGAAGGAAUCUGCCUAUUAAAAUUUCAAAAAGAUUUAAAGCAAUAGUUUUAAAUAAAUCAUUAAAAAUACCAUUUUUAAAUUCAAGAAAUUUAAAUCAAUAAAAUUUUUUCAGGAGAGAGGGAUAGAUUGUGA